GCAGCAUGGUACACGUGGCGUAUAUUGAUGGCUAGCUAUGGCAACUUCUUCGCUACAGUCGUAAUCAUCGUACCAUGAAUCACAUAUUCUCGUUGACUUUCAACCUUCCCGUGGUAUUUACAAUGAUGGGGAUACGGGCCGCAAACUCAGUAGCUGUCCUGUCGGCACUUAUUUCCCCACGGGUUGAUAGCAGAGACAUGCUGUCCUUGCGACAACUUAACUGGUUCGGCGAUAUGUCUAGGAGACUCAACUUGUUGCCGUCAUAUUCGAGAUCAUUCAACCAUAACUACUUUCCCGGUAGACCUCUUGGUAAGACCAGCGGCUCAGCUUAUCUUGCGGGGUAUAAUGUGAUCCCCUUGUAUGUGUUCGGCUACAGUGUGUACCUCAAGUGCCCAGAGAACAUUCGACAGAUUUCGAUAAGGCUCCCAUUUCCUAGUCACCCUUGAGCAUUUAAGCUUGUCAUUAAGUUCGUGGCUUAACAAUAAGCGAUAUCGGCUUCCGGAGGUAACUCAGUUCAGGCGUGUCUUGGCUUCUCGAACAAUGCCUCUGGGCAUGAUCCAGUAUUCACGAUUCGGCACCGCAAAGUACGAUGACACUUGCCUCAUUAACUUUGAUUAGCAGGCCAAAGCACUUCUGAUUUGAUAUG